AUGUCCAAUUAUUCUCAUAACAACUACACAGCGUCAACUCACUCGUCAAGUAUAUCUUCUCAAGCUUCUUCUGCUCCAAGUACAACUUCUACCUUAUCCGCUAAUAAUCCUCGAAAACGAUCAAAUGACAACGAUAUUUAUGCUCAUCGAAGUACACAUCCUUUGGAACAACCUCUCAUAGAAGAUCAUUCACGGUUUAUGCAAAGAGGUCCAAUUACCAACUUAUAUUCCAAUGCCAAUCAUAUGAUGUCCUCCUCUUCUUCUUCAUCUUCUGCAAGUGAAAGAAAACGAUCUGUUGGUCAACAAUCAGGGAAAAAACAAUCAAAAGAAAGAGAAAAGUCAGAUGGAAGUAUAUAUUACAUGAAGGAUAAAUCAAGAAAAGAUUUGAAGGUUUCUGAAAUACCUUCCAAUGCGGAAUCUUGGGCUCCACCUGAUAGUUGGGCUGUUCAACCUCCUGAUGAAGAAACACAUGAUUCUGAUGAAUAUACUCUCGUGGAUCAAGAUAAAUAUGACAUCAAGAAGAAAAACUUUUGUAUUCGAAUCUUUAGACCUGAUGAAACCUUUGGUACUUUACAAGUUGCUUUACAUACAACAACUGCUGAACUUAUGCAAAAAUUAGCUGGGAAAUUCUUCUUACCUGAUAUGACAAAAUAUAAUUUGGUUUUAAGGCGGCACAAACUUGGUAAUUUAGUGCGAAUGAAAGAACGUGUACUUGGAGCGAAUGAAAGACCAUUACAAAUUCAAAAAAUGUUACUGGAACAAAUGGGUUAUACGGAUGAUGACAAAAUUGAAGAUGUUGGACGUGAAGAUAAUUCUUAUCUUUUACGAUUUACAUUUGGUCCAAAUAUUAAUCAGACAAUCUCUCAAGAUGACGCUGAAUUUGGUGCUCACAUUGAUUUACAAGCUAGAAAUCUACCAACGAUUCCUAUCUUCCUAUAUAAACAUGCUACUCGAAUUGUAUCUCUAGACAUCUCCAGAAAUUUGUUGAUUGAAAUACCUGUGGAUUUUGUACAAAUGUGUAAAGGAUUGCAACAAUUACGACUUACUAACAACGAUUAUAUUUCUGUACCUGCAUCAACACGACAUAUAAGAUCACUUAAACAACUCAAUCUAUCUGGAAACCGACUACGUGAUUUACAACACGCUCAACUUCAUGAAAUUGAAGGGCUACGAGCUCUUCGUGUAUACAACAAUAGACUGGACUCUCUACCAUCCUCAUUCGCCUCAUUCAAAUAUCUUACCACUCUUUAUAUAUCCAACAAUUCGUUUACUUCAUUUCCAGCUGUCGUUUGCCAAAUUACCAGCUUGGAAUGCUUGGAUAUCAGUUUCAAUAAGAUCAACGCUUUUCCAGAUGAUUUCGGUCAAUUAGUCAACUUGGAAUCACUUUAUGCCAUUGCCAAUCGAAUUAGUGGACCUCUUCCUCCAACCUUUGCAAAACUUGUCAAACUUCAAGAACUAGAUGUACGUCAAAAUUUUAUUACCGACUUGGAAGUUCUUUGUGAUUUACCCAGAUUGGAACUAGUAUCUGUCGAUUAUAACUCUAUUAGUAUUGCCAAUUACGACUUUUUGCACCUUCGACGACUCAAAAUGUACAAGAAUUAUCUCACUCAAUUCAGUCUAACUCCUAAACCUGACAAUGCCUUGACAGCACAUUCUCCUUUAUCGUGUCGCCUGACUGAACUGAAUCUCUCGAACUGCAAACUUUCAUCAUUGUCUGAUGAUAUCUUUGUGCAUACGGUGCUGCUCGAACAUUUGGUACUGGAUAGCAACACUCUCAACUGUAUACCUAGCAGUAUUGGUUCACUAUAUAAACUGGUACGACUUUCGGUGCAAAACAACAAUUUGGAUAGCCUACCUGCAGAAAUCUCCAAGUUACAUGAACUCAAGAUCCUAGAUGCUCAAAAAAACAACCUGAAGACUUUGCCUAAAGAAAUUUGGUUAUGCCCUUCGUUACAAAUCUUGAAUUGUUCAUCCAACUUGCUAGAAUCAUUCCCAGAACCAUACUCUGAUAGUAACAACAGUAUCACUAAUAGCAACAGUAAUCACAGCAUCCUCAACAACAAUACGAAUAAUAAUACCAAUAGCAUACGGCGCUUGCCAUCCGAUCCUGUGUCUAUCAAUACGUUGACUCCAUCAAACACAUCAGCAUCUUUAUCAUCAACAGGGAAUGGAUCAAAUCACUUAUUAUCACCUCAAGCACCACCCAACUUUAAUCCACCUUCCUUUUUUGCCAGUCCUCGCAAUCAUCCUCCACCUCUCUCAUUAUCACUGCGACAAUUAUUUUUGGGCGAUAAUCGAUUAACGGAUGAUGAUAUCUGGUCUCCUCUUUCACUCUUCUUGGAAUUACGCACUCUGAAUUUGUCUUUCAAUGAUCUAUUUGAAAUCCCUCCUGAUGGACUCUGUCAUCAGCACUUGUAUGAAUUAUAUCUUUCUGGAAAUCAACUGACAUCUCUACCAGCCGAUGAUAUUGAAAAAUUGUCUUAUUUACGUGUUUUGGCGGUCAAUGGAAAUAAACUUCAAACCCUUCCAGCAGAAAUUGGCAAACUACGGAAACUUUUGGUAUUGGAUGUUGGCAACAAUUUAUUGAAGUACAAUAUUGCCAAUUGGCCUUAUGAUUGGAAUUGGAAUUGGAAUCUGGGACUCAAGUAUUUGAAUUUAUCUGGCAAUAAACGAUUGGAAAUCAAGAAAACCCAUCCUGAUCCUGCUAAUCCAAAGGAAAAAGAUUUAUCUGAUUUUAGUGCAUUGACGCGAUUACGAAUGCUUGGUUUGAUGGACAUUACUAUUCUUGGAGUAUCUACACCUGAAGAAUUCCACAAUAGACGUGUUCGAACAUCUCCUUCUGAAGUGAACUCUAUGGCAUAUGGUAUUGCUGAUUGGUUGGGACCUAGUGAUCAUUUGGCAACAUGGGAUUUGGUGAUGCCACGAUUCCGUAACAAUGAUGAUGAAAGUAUUUUUGGACUUUUUGAUGGGCGCAAGAAUUCGAAAUCUGGAUGCAAGCUUACCAAAUACUUGAACGACAAUCUGACCUACCAUUUUUACAAUGAACUUCGCAAGACCAAAGGAGAUGACACUAUUGUAAGUGCUGUACGACGUAUGUUCUUGAGCCUGCAAAAGGAACUUGGAUCAAGCAUUGGUGAAGAAAAAGAUUCGGGUGCGUCUGCUGUAAUGUGUUAUAUUGUGGGUACCAAACUGUAUGUAGCCAAUGUAGGUGAUGCUCUUGCCGUGAUCUCUCGCAACAAUGGACAAGCCUUUGAAAUCACUCAAAAACAUAUUCCCCUCAAUCCAAGUGAGAUAUCUCGUAUUCGAUCUGCUGGUGGUUAUGUCUCUAAUGCUGGUUUGUUGAAUGGUGAAUUGAAUGUAUCUCGUAGCUUCGGUCAUUUCCAUUUGAUUCCUGUUGUCAAUGCCAAUCCUUAUAUAUCAACAAUUGACUUGACAGAAGAUGAUGAAUUUGUAAUUAUGGCCUCUCGUGGACUUUGGGAUAGAAUGUCUUAUCAAACGGCUGUGGAUGUAGCUCGAACUGAAAAAGAUGACUUGAUGGCAGCUGCUCAAAAAUUAAGGGAUUUUGCUAUCACUUAUGGAGCUGACGACAAUAUCAUGGUAAUGGUCAUUGGUGUUAGUGAUCUCUUUGACAAGCGUGAUAAACGAUACCGACAUAUGCGUGGUGGUAAUAUUGGUCCUGGACGUGGCGGUGUACCUGAUAAUGGUUUAUUAGUGGAUGAUUUGACUGGUAUGCUUGUUGGUAAGAACAAACGACGUGGAAAGGAAGAAGGACCUGGUGACUCGACUUUGGCAAGAUUGGAAAGAGAAAUUCCUCCUCCUAUCAACCAAGUAGCACUUGUAUUCACUGAUAUCAAAAGCUCUACUCAAUUCUGGGAAACUCAACCUGAAAAUAUGCGAUCAGCUAUUAAGAUUCAUGAUAACUUAUUGCGACGUACUCUACGAAAUGUGGGUGGAUAUGAAGUCAAGACAGAAGGUGACGCAUUUAUGGUAUGUUUCCAAUCUAUUACGGCGGCUCUACUCUGGUGUUUUACGGUUCAACUUCAACUUUUAGAAGCUGAUUGGCCAGCUGGGAUCUUAGAUACUGAAGAAGGACGUGAAAUUGAAAAAGAUAACGUGAUUAUUUACAGGGGACUUUCAGUACGUAUGGGGAUUCAUUGGGGUAUGCCUGUAUUUGAACGAAAUCCUAUUACCAAUCGAAUGGAUUAUUUUGGACCUGUGGUGAACAAAGCAAGUCGAAUUUGUAAUGCUGCUGAUGGUGGUCAAAUAUGUGUAUCUUCAGAUGUAGUAGCGGCUUUACGAAACUUCCCUGGUGUGUUGGAUACAAACAAUGGCAUUGUUACUUUUGAUGAUUCAACAAAUACAACGACAACUUCAGCAGCAGCAACAGCAGCAGCGGCGGCGGCUAGUGGCAGUUUUUCUGUUAUUCGUGAUAUGCAACAACUCAAACGACUUGGUUUUCAUAUCAUGGAAUUAGGUGAACGACGAUUGAAAGGAUUGGAAACUCCGGAAAUGCUUAGCUUGGUUUAUCCCAAACAAUUAUCAGCUCGCAUGGAAUUGGACAAGAGCGAAAUGAUGACACAGGAAGCACCACCCGUACUUAAGGCUCAUAUGUCUCCUAAAUCAACAGAACCACCUUCUUUAGCACCAUCACCACGGUUGGAUCCUGAAGAUGUACGCGAAUUGGAUAUAUCAUUAGUAGCUGAUAAUCAUCUAACACCGUGUGAUUCUACUUAUCAACAUCGACAAAUGAAAUCACAAGAUCAACAACAAUACAAACCAUCAACACGUACCAUUGAUCCAGCAUUGGUCUCUUCUCUCAGCAAUCUGGCCAUCCGAUUGGAACGAUUGACGGCAGGCAAUGUACUGACAAGCAGUAAAGCAGGUAGUUCAAUUUGUGGCAAAUAUACAUCAUCAGGUCAUAAUGGCAAUCCAUCUAUGAUUGUUAGUACUGCACCUUGGGGACUUGGUAAACUCUUGGAUAAGCAUAUCAUGGAAGAAGCAACUGACGAAGAACUGGUGAUCUUGAUGGAGAACUGUGUGGCCAGAGUGGAAAAUGCUGCAUCAUCAUUGUAUCUACAAAAAGUGGGUCGUUUUGCUUCUGUAUUGGAAAAAUUGGGUGAAGCUGUGGAAUUGGAUCCUAUGCAUAUCUUACGUGCGUUACAAAUGUACUCUGAAGUGGCUAGAUUGGAUACCAAACAUUCUUCUGAUUCCUUUCGAUUUUGA